AUGACAGGAAGAGUAAAUAAUAUGAUCUCAAGAUUGAAGCCAGAGGGCGUUCAUGUUGAAGCAAAACAAAUGGAGGGCAAAAGGAAGAAGGGGCCUUCAAGGCAAGGGCCAUUUCUUAGAGGCAAUCCAAGAAUUUUUAGAGUUUCUCCUUUGUUUGGAGGAAAAGACAGGCAUAGCAAAGUUUGCACAAUGAAGGGCUUAAGAGACAGAAGGAUUAGGCUUUCAGCUCCCACUGCUAUUCAACUUUAUGAUUUGCAGAACAGACUUGGCCUCAGCCAACCCAGCAAAGUCAUAGACUGGCUGAUUGAUGUCACAAGAGUUGAUAUUGAUAAGCUCCCACCACUCCAUUUUCCAAAAGAUUUUGACCCAAAUGCCUCGUUUCUUCAUCUUGAUAUUGCAGAUGCUGCAGCGAAGGCCAAACAUGAAGAAACUGGGAUGCUUUUGCUUCAGAAGUUGUCUCCUUCACCCAACAAUGCUUCUUUUUCUGCUCUUCAGCUUCAAACCAACGCCAUGACUGAAAACUGUUGCCAUUUUGACCCUCCAAGCUUUCCAUUCCCAUUAAUGGAUCAGGCCAAUCCAGCUUCAUUUUCCUCGCCUUCUGAGCAGUUGCUGUUCCGUCCAUUGACGAUGCCACCCGAAGUUUCUUCUUACCUUCGUAACGGUGGAAAUUAA